GGCUUUAGUUUGAAAGUAGGUCGUCGGUAGUGAAGUAGAAGAAGAGACGAGACGAUAGACAAGACAGACAGAAGAGCAAAAGGCCCCCCCAUUCCCAUCUUCGUGUGAACUUCCUACCGUCUUUGUCCCAUCUUCAAUAUCACAUUCUCUUUCAUCUCCAUCAUCGUUUCCGCAUUCUUCAUCUCCAUGACCAGUCCUUGGGAAUCAUCAAUGCACUGGUGUCACCAGUGCAGGAGGGUAGUUUGUCUUCGCAGCCACACUUUAGUUUGUCAAUAUUGUGAUGGUGGGUUUGUCCAAGAACUUAGUGAGUUUGUAAAUGGUGGACAGCCAGAUCUAUUUCGAUAUAGGUCAGAUAAUGUUGCAGAUUUAGGUCAUAUUGUGCCUCCUCCAGACCCAAGUUUUGGACUUAUGGAUGCUUUCACCAACUUCAUGAGGCAAAGAAUGACAGGAAGAAACUCUCAUUUUGACAUUAGAGGAAGAUCUACUCUUGCUCGUGAAAACAGUACCGGGUCUGUUCCAAAUCCUAUUCCGUGGUUGGUUUUACGUGGCCAAGCGCCAGUAAGGAUGCCUGAGAAUGGUUUUGAGUUGUUCUUUAAUGACAAUCUUCGUUCUUCUUCUAGAAGACGAGCUGAUUUCAGUGAUUAUUUCAAUGGGCCUGGCUUGGAGGAGUUACUUCAACAUCUUGCUAUGAACGAUAGACAUGGACCACCACCUGCUCCUCGUUCUGCAAUUGAGGCAAUGCCUACUGUCGAGGUUUCACAGAGGCAUGUUAACACGGAUUCGCAUUGUCCUGUUUGUAAAGAUAAAUUCGAAUUGGGAUCUGAAGCCCGAUUAAUGCCAUGUAAACAUAUGUACCAUUCGGAUUGUAUUGUUCCUUGGUUAGUUGAGCAUAAUUCGUGCCCUGUUUGUCGGUUUGAGAUGCCACAGAUUGGUUCUGGAAGUGGGCAUGGGAGUAGGAGGAGAAAUAGUGUGAAUAAUAAUAGUAAUGCGAGUGGGAGCACUAGUGGCAGUAAUGGAGGUGAAAAUGGUAAUUUGAAUCAAGGUAGGAGGAAUCCAUUUUCGUUUCUUUGGCCUUUUAGGUCGUCUGGACAGGUUAAUUCACGAUAUGCUGCUGGUCGAGGAAGAAGAAAUUCGAGCUCAUAUAGUGAAAAUAAUAGAGAUAGCUAUUCUGGAUUUCCGUUUUGAAGGUGACUGAUAGAGUUCUCCUCCUUAUUAGUAGUGGUUCUUUUUCCCUACUUUCUUCGUUGUUUUGAAGUUCAACUCUUUUGUGCAAAACUUUACAUGAAUAUUCGGAAUUAACAAGAAUUCUUGUUUCUACAUUCUAUCACGAUUUUUCGAAUUUUAAGUAUGAUACCUUGUUUUACAGUU